AAACUAAUCAAGGCCGUGUGUUUGCUGUGUGAGGGCAAGUUCACGGGGAUGACGGCGCUGAGGAAACACCGAUGUCCGGCGCUGACGAAGACGCUGGUCUGUUCGAUCUGCCCGCAGACGUUCGACUGCAGACAGAGUUUGGCCGACCACGAAAACCAGCAUUCAGGAGAGAAGGAUUUUAUCUGCGAAAUUUGCGGUGAGAGAUUCUUCUCCUUGGUGUCGCUGUCCACUCACCGCGUGACGCACAAGUGGAAGGAAAACUGCUGCGACGCGCUCGGCCUCGGCUGCAGCAACACGUGCAUCCUGAGGAACCACCUGAGCCAACCCAGCGGCCAGAAGCUGUUCACCUGCGACGUCUGCGGGAAAGGCUGCAGCCAUCGCAGCGCCCUCAAACACCACAUGCUGACCCACACGGGCGAGCGGCCGUACGUCUGCGAAACCUGCGGCAAACGCUGCGGUCACGCCAGCGCGCUCCAGAACCACAUGAGGGUCCACACGGGCAGGAAACCAGGGCAGCGGCCGGUCUGCGACGUCUGCGGGAAAACGUUCCGGUGCGCGGUGAACCUGAAGUAUCACAUGAGCGUCCACACGGGGGAGCGGCCGUACGCCUGCGAGGUGUGCGGCAAAAGGUUUACCAACCCCACCAACCUGAAGACGCACCAGCGCCUCCACACCGGAGAAAAGCCGUAUCGCUGCGGCGUCUGCGAGAAGGCGUUCGUACAGAGGAGCGAGUUCACCAAACAUCAGCGCAGUCACAUCCCGUUGGAGGAGGACGGUGGGAAACAGACGGACCCACAGAGACCCUGAGCACACAACACUGGAGUACACAGGGGUCAAACAUGCGGCCCAGGGGCCAAAUCCAGCCCGCCAAAGGGUCCAGUCUGGCCCGAAGGAAUAAUAUGUGAAAUGCAAAAAUUACACAAAAGAUAUGACUCAUUUUAGUUGAAGUUCCACAUACAGUCCAGUUUAAUCUCCAGUGGGUUGGACCAGUAAAAUACUGUCAUAAUAACCUCUAAAUACUCACAACUCUAAAUGUUUCUCUUCUAAAUUUAAACACUUGUGUGUCACUUUACUGUAUUUACACUAUCAUUUCACAAAACAACACGAAUAACGUGAACAAAUAUGAAAAAUGUGAAAUAUCUGAAGUGUAAGUUUACUAAUAUUCUGCCUCUUUAUUAAAUGUUUUGUG